GUCUCCGUCGGAGUCUUCGCGUUUAAAACUGUCCUACUAGUCUUGUGUGAAAUAAAUCUCACAAUAGCUAUGAUAGCAUUUGUCAUCAGUACAUGAAAUAAUGAAAUACAUGCGUUUUUACCAUAUUUCUAUGACGAUUUUACAAUAUUUUCUUUUCCAGAGCUAAUUAUGUGCCAUAUCAAGUUUAUGACUAAAGACGCUCGUCACUCUUGUUUGGCCGCCAUGUCUGAUAUUCUUCUGAAGCUUUGCUUACCGAGUUCGUGUUGUGCUAUAUCUUGUUGGGAAUAAAAGACAGUGAAUUUCGUUGUGAUAAAGCAGCAGAUAUAUAGGAAUAUCGUAAAACUAUAUACUCGGAAUGUGUGUGGAGUGUGUCUGGAAUUAGAGCAAAUCGAUAUAAUUUGCUUUUGCAGAAGUCUUCAACAUCGUAUUUUUAGUUCAUCCGCCAUAUUGGCGUUAAUAUCUCUUCAUUUGGAGAAAUCUUAGUCUUGGAGGAACAUCAGCAGGCACUACUGUUUUGUGCCAGGUAUGAUUGAAUUUUAUUGAUUAAUGGGAUGACCUGCCUACUGGUGCUGAAGCACCACAUUUAAUUUAUUUUGAUAGAAUGGUUUUACGUUACUGGAGGAAAUAGCUAAUGCCUCUAAGUCAGAGAUUGGAGGAGCCUCUAGUUGCAAUUGAGGUAGAUAGCAGAUUCCAGCACAAUGCAGCAGGCUGUAGAUCCACUAGCGACGACGAGCACUCCAACUGCGGAACCAAUCAAUGGCGCUCCGCCUGACGAGCCUGCGCGCAGGCAGGGACGGAUAACUAAUCAACUACAAUUCCUGCAGAAAAAUGUUAUGAAGGCAGUAUGGAAACAUCAAUUUGCCUGGCCUUUUCAUCAGCCGGUGGAUGCUAAGGAAUUAAACCUGCCGGAUUACCACAAAAUCAUAAAGAAGCCUAUGGACUUGGGCACCAUCAAAAAGCGGCUCGAGUCAAAUUAUUACUAUUCUGCUCAAGAAUGCAUCCAAGACUUCAAUACCAUGUUCACCAACUGCUACGUCUACAACAAACCUGGCGAGGAUGUGGUGGUCAUGGCGCAAACUCUAGAGAAACUGUUUCUGAAUCGAAUAGCUCAAAUGGACAAAGAGGAAAAGGAAAUAGAAGUACCUUCGAAAGGUGGGAAAGGCGGCGUGAAGAAGCGGACAACCGUUGGCAGCAGCGGCGGCAGUGCGAGCGCGAGCGGCGGCGGCGGCGGCGGCGGCGGCGGGGCGCGCGGGGCCGCCGUGAAGACCAUGCCGGCGCCGCCGCACCCCGCGCUCGUGGGCUCCACCAACACCACCACCACGCCCGCGCUCACGCUCGCCACGCCCUCCGUCACGCCGCCCGCCACGCACACCGGUCUCCCGCAACAGGUGGCCACUCAACAGUCAAGUUUCCACGUAGCGCAGGCUGCUGCCACGCCCGUUUCAACUAUAUCGUCGGUUGCCCUCUCGCAGACUCAACCGGCUAAGGUUAAAAAAGGCGUUAAGAGAAAGGCUGACACCACUACACCUAUGGGCAGUUCCUUUGAAGGAGGAUACACUACUCCGACCAUAGAUCAGCAAAGUGGUGCUAAACCUGCCAAAAUAUCCACCAGAAGAGAGAGUGGACGCCAGAAAAAGGCUGGCAGGACAGGCGAAGACUCAUUCAAGAUGGGCGCGCUGUCGCCCGGCGUCGGCGGGCCGGGCGCCUCGCACCACGCCGCUCUGACCCCGCAACUCGCAAAGGGCAAGGAAAAACUAUCCGAUGCUCUCAAAAGUUGCAAUGAAAUUUUAAAAGAGCUCUUCUCUAAAAAGCAUUCGGGCUAUGCCUGGCCAUUUUACAAACCUGUGGAUGCCGAAUUACUUGGACUCCAUGACUAUUUUGAUAUAAUUAAGAAGCCUAUGGAUCUCGGGACCGUGAAACAGAAGAUGGACAACAGAGCGUAUAAAACUGCUGCAGAAUUUGCAGCUGAUGUUCGUUUAAUAUUCACAAACUGCUACAAGUACAACCCCCCAGACCACGAUGUUGUGGCGAUGGCAAGAAAACUACAAGAUGUCUUUGAGAUGAGAUAUGCUAAAAUUCCCGAUGAGCCCAUACAUGUGGGAGUUCCUCACAUGGAUAAAGGAAGCUCUGCAUCCAGUUCCGAGUCUGGUUCGGAAUCAGAUUCCGAUUCAGAUGACUCUGAAGAAGAAAGGAAUAAUAAAGUAAAGCUCCUAGAGAAAGAGUUGCUCGCGUUGCAGGAGAAAAUGAGAAAGUUAGUGGAAGAGUCCAAUACCAAGAAGAAAGCGAAAAAGAAGGUUAAAGAUAAAUCAUCAAAGAAGCAAAUGGUCAACAGUGCAAUGCCGAAGGCGAAUGCAGUAGCGGGCUAUGGCGCCAAGGCUAAUAAUAUUGCAGAGAAUAUAGUUGGUGUAACAGGCACAGGGAGCGCACGCGGCAAAGGCGGCAGCAAGCGCGGAGGCGGCGGCGGCGGCGGCAAGGCCGGAUCUCGGGCGUCUGCGCCGGGCAAGAAGAAGAAUUCGGCGCCCAGCACCGCGCCCGCGGCGCACGCGCCGCCGCACGCCGACACCGACGACGAGGACGUCGCCAAGCCCAUGUCCUACGACGAGAAGCGGCAGCUGUCGCUCGAUAUCAACAAGCUGCCCGGCGAUAAACUGGGCAAAGUGGUGCACAUAAUACAGAGCCGGGAGCCUUCGUUACGUGACUCUAACCCGGACGAGAUCGAGAUAGAUUUCGAGACCCUCAAGCCAUCUACGCUCCGAGAGCUCGAAAAUUAUGUAGCCUCAUGUCUUCGAAAAAAGACACGUAAGCCGCAUUAUCGUAAAGUCUCCGGUAAAUCUAAAGAUGAACAAAUGGCGGAAAAGAAACAGGAGUUAGAAAAACGACUGCAAGAUGUAUCUGGACAAUUAGGAACUACUAAGAAGCAACAAGUGAAAAAAGAAGGCUCAAAGGAAGCACUGGCCGGCGGCGGCGGCGGCGGCAUGUCCUCCUCGUCCAGCUCGUCCGACUCGUCCAACUCGUCGUCCAGCACCGACACCAGCUCCUCCGACACCAGCGACAGCGAAGCAGGUGCCGGCACGAAACCGCCCAAGAAGAAGACGAAGAAACAACCUCACCCUGCGCUACCUGCGAAAAUCGUUCCACCAGUGCCGACGGCCGGUAGUUGUUUGCCCGGGGCGGCGGCAGGCGCGGGCGCGGGCGACCCCGAGGUCAAGCCCCUCGUGGAAGUGAAGCCUCCCGCGGAGGUGAAGCUGGCCCCCGUCGCGGACGCCAAGGAGCCGCCCGCGGCGCCCAGCGCGCGCGCCGUCCCGCCCGCCGCCGCGCCGCCCGCCGCCCCUGACUCCUCUCACUCCUCCCACUCGUCACAUGCGCCACACUUGUCGCACACGUCGCACACAUCGCACCCGUCACACGCGGCGCCCGUGCGCGAUACCGUCGACCAGAAACCGCCCGUCAAAGCCGAGCCCCGCAACGGACUCGACAAAGCAGACUCCUCGCACUACAUUGAUCCAAUAGAGCGCACCCUCGCCAAUCUCGAGCGCACCCUCAAGGCCGAAGUUCCCAUGGACGUCAGCGUCAGCGCUUCCGAAACAUCCAUGCGUCUCGAGAACUUCGCCAUGCCCAAACCGCAGAUGUUGGGCGACUCGACGCACCAAAAUUUAAUGGCGCACCUCGGUGGACUCGCCGAAAUGUCGCACGUUCCCGACCCGAUCAAGUCGGAAAUGUAUCCACCGCACAACGGCUUCAUCGAUAAGUGCAUGCAACAAGAGCGCGAGAUGGUCCGGAGCGACGGGGGGAACACGGGCAUGGGCGGGAUGACGAGCGUGCCGCCGGUGCCGUCCAUGUUCGACCCGGCGCCGGCCGCGCCGCUGUCGGUGAUCGCGCAGGCGCACCACGCGGCGCCCGGCGCGCCGCUCGCCGCGCCCGUCAAGAAGGAGGAUGCCAAGCCGCUGCUCACGCCCAAACCCAUCGAGGAUCUCAUCGGGGUCCCGCCCAUGGUCCCCAAUAACAUGGAUAGAAACAAAUAUGAAAUGGAUAAGAAAAUGGAGGAAUCUAAAAACAACUUUGCUCAAGCUUUUAAGUUAAAACAGGAGCAAAACCUGAAGAAUGCGAGCUCGUGGUCUUCCUUGGCCCAAGCUGGAAGCCCGCAGAGCGUUCCUAAUGUGAGCUCUAACAACCAAAUAAAGCAGAAGCCUGUUAUGGAUACUUUCCAAGAAUUCAAGAAGCAAGCCAGGGAGAAAAUUAAUCGGCAGAGGGCUCUUAUUGAGCAGCAGGAGCUCCGGAGAAAGGAGCAGGCGGAGCGAGAGAGACAGCGCCAGGAAACGGAACGGAGACAUCCCGAUGACGAAAAGAUGAGGGCACUUGGCGGAGUCCGCAAAACAGAGACGGGCGACGUGGCGUCGCCGAGCGUGUCGCCGGUGGCGCGCGCGUCGCCGCCCGCCGCGGCCGCCGGUGGCGCCGCCGCCGCCUCCGCGGGCGACAAGCCCGCCGCCUCCGAGCGCGAGCGCCUUCGCCAGCGCGAACAGGAGAGACGUCGUCGGGAAGCGAUGGCUGGUCAAAUUGACAUGAACAUGCAGAGCGACCUAAUGGCUGCAUUUGAAGAAUCUUUGUAAUAAUAGUUAGACGACCCUAGUUCUACAAAGCAAAAUCGUGACGUGUACAGUCGACGUCAAACACAUGUUUA